AUGGUAGCGCUCGGCACGCCUCGCGCUAACAUGCCUCCGACGUUCGUUACGGGAAUUCCCGGUACAUCUCCGUCUAUUUCCGACUCGACCGUCACCGCGACGUCACUCGGUGUCUUCACCGUUACCGAUCCCGACACGACAUGCAGAAUUACGUCAUCGCUGACGUCAGUGUAUGAGAUCAGACCCGUGACGUCACCGGCUGAUCUUCAAAAGCCGGAGUUCCAAGUGUGGGUCAGUGCCGCCGUUACACAAGCGUCUAUAGACUUCAAUGACCAAGCGGUUCCGUUGCCGUUGACGAUCACGUGUACGGAUGGAAACACCGCCAUCACGGGAACGUUCAACGUCAAUAUUGUCGACGAGCCUCCGGUGAUAUCAGUACUUCCGGCGAUCGGAACGGCUAUCAACGACGGUUUGCAGACGGUCGCCACAAUCCUCCACACGUUCAGCGUGACAGACAGCGAUGACGCCGUAAACUGCUCCGUGAGAGCGCCGCAAAACGCCCGUUUUGAAGUGGUACUCGCCACUAGCCCAGCGUUCAGUAUCCGCGUGAAAGCAGGAGUGACGUUGGCUGCAGCUGUCAGUCCGUACGUCAUGAACGUUGAUUGCACAGAUGCCGUAACCGCCGUCAGUUCAACGUUUACCCAGCCAGUCCUUGAUAAGCCGCCGACAUUUGUAUCUGGCAUUCCUGGGAAUUCCCCUGACGUCUCAGACGACAACGUGAUUGCGACGUCACUGGGAAAGUUCACAACUACGGACCCUGAUACCACGUGUUCUGUGACGUUACCUGUGACAACCGUUUAUGAGAUCAGAAAAGUGGCGUCACCGACCGAUCCCCAGAAACCGGCCGCCGAGUUUUGUAUCCGGGAUCCCCGGAAGUUCCCCUAACGUCUCUGACUCCACUGUCACACAGAUGUUACUCGGGAAGUUUACAACUACCGACCCGGAUACGGCGUGUUCUGUGACGUCACCAUCCACCGCCGUGUAUGAGAUCAGAAAUGUGACGUCACCGGUGAA